UUUUCCUUAGCCUGUCUGGCUAACCAGGGCCAUUGCUGCCGCCGCUGCUGCUGCUAGACACACAACACACACCAACAUCAGGAGGGGGAAAAGUAAGGGAGAGAGGAGGAAAAAAAAAAAAAAACCAGGAAGAUGGCGCCCACCAAGCCAAGCUUUCAGCAGGAUCCUUCCAGGCGAGAACGAAUAACUGUCCAGCAUCCUCUGCCCAACCAAUCAGAAUGUAGGAAAAUCUACAGAUAUGACGGAAUCUACUGUGAAUCUGCCUACCAGAAUUUACAAGCUUUGAGGAAGGAAAAGUCCCGAGAUGCUGCUCGCUCUCGCCGGGGAAAGGAAAAUUUUGAAUUCUAUGAGUUGGCAAAGUUGUUGCCACUGCCUGCAGCCAUUACCAGCCAGCUUGACAAGGCAUCCAUCAUCCGACUUACAAUUAGCUAUCUGAAAAUGAGGGACUUUGCUAAUCAAGGUGAUCCUCCGUGGAACUUGAGAAUGGAAGGACCUCCACCUAAUACAUCAGUAAAAGUUAUAGGUGCCCAGCGCAGGAGAAGUCCCAGUGCCCUUGCCAUUGAAGUAUUUGAAUCACAUUUGGGAAGUCAUAUUUUACAGUCCCUGGAUGGAUUUGUAUUUGCACUAAAUCAAGAAGGAAAAUUUUUGUACAUUUCAGAAACAGUCUCCAUCUAUUUAGGCCUGUCCCAAGUGGAACUGACAGGCAGCAGCGUUUUUGACUACGUCCACCCUGGAGACCAUGUGGAGAUGGCAGAGCAGCUGGGCAUGAAGCUUCCCCCGGGGCGAGGCCUUCUCUCGCAGGGUACAGCAGAGGAUGGAGCCAGCUCAGCAUCCUCAUCUUCCCAGUCCGAGACCCCUGAGCCAGUGGAAUCUGCAAGCCCCAGUUUACUAACCACUGACAACACUCUAGAGCGCUCUUUUUUCAUCCGAAUGAAAUCUACACUGACCAAGCGAGGAGUGCACAUCAAAUCGUCGGGAUACAAGGUGAUUCAUAUAACAGGCCGGUUACGUCUGAGAGUGUCACUGUCCCACGGACGGACAGUCCCCAGCCAAAUCAUGGGACUUGUUGUCGUUGCUCAUGCUUUGCCACCUCCUACAAUUAAUGAAGUCAGGAUUGACUGCCACAUGUUUGUCACUCGUGUGAAUAUGGACCUCAAUAUCAUUUACUGUGAAAAUAGGAUUAGUGAUUAUAUGGAUCUGACCCCUGUAGAUAUUGUAGGAAAGAGAUGUUACCACUUCAUUCAUGCUGAAGAUGUGGAAGGCAUCAGACAUAGUCACUUAGACUUGCUGAAUAAGGGUCAGUGUGUAACAAAGUAUUACCGCUGGAUGCAGAAGAACGGGGGUUAUAUCUGGAUACAGUCCAGUGCAACCAUAGCUGUCAACGCCAAGAACGCAAGUGAGAAGAACAUCAUCUGGGUGAAUUACCUUCUUAGUAACCCUGAGUACAAGGACACUCCAAUGGAUAUUGCACAACUUCCUCAUCUGCCAGAGAAAACCUCAGAAUCCUCAGAGACCUCUGACUCUGAAUCAGACUCAAAGGACAACUCAGAGGACAAUGAGAACUCAAAGUCAGAUGAGAAAGGAAACCAGUCAGAAAACAGUGAAGACCCUGAAUCCGAUCGGAAAAAGUCAGGAAAUCAGUCAGAUAACGAAAUGAACUGUAAUGAUGAUGGGAACAGCUCCAGCAACCAGGACAGCAGGGACAGUGAUGACAGCUUUGAAAACUCUGACUUCGAGAAUCAAAAGGCCCCUGAGGACAGUUUUGGCACUCUUGGCUCUAUGCAGAUCAAGGUGGAGCGCUACGUUGAGAGUGAGUCAGAUUUGCGGUUGCAGAACUGUGAAUCACUGACCUCAGACAGUGCCAAGGAUUCAGAUAGUGCAGGCGAAGCAAAUGCCCAGUCUUCCAGCAAACAUCAAAAGAGGAAGAAGAGGAGAAAAAAGCAAAAGGGAGGCAGCAUGACCCGGAGAAGGCUGUCAAGCACCUCAAGUCCAAACGGACUUGACACAGCUUUGGUGGACCAGCCCCAGCUGCUCUCGUCACCAAACAGUGCCUCAGUGCUCAAAAUUAAAACAGAAAUCUCAGAACCUAUCAAUUUUGAUAAUGAUAGCAGUAUUUGGAAUUACCCACCCAACAGGGAAAUCUCAAGGAAUGAAUCGCCCUACAGUAUGACCAAGCCCCCCAGCUCUGAGCACUUCCCUUCGCCCCAAGCCAGCAGUAGUUUACACGUCUCCAUUCCAGACUCUGUUCUCACCCCACCAGGGACUGAAAAUACUGCCAGCCGUAAAACUCAGUUCAGCACCUCAUCCAGCUCGGCCUUGGCUCCUGUGUCCUCUGACCCUUUGUCACCCCCACUUUCAGCAUCUCCACGGGACAAACAUCCCGGAGGUCCCACAACUUCCAACUCUUUGUUGUACACUGGGGACCUGGAAGCCCUUCAGAGGUUACAAGCGGGCAACGUGGUGCUUCCUUUGGUUCACAGGGUAACGGGAACCCUUGCUGCAACCAGCACUGCUGCUCAGAGGGUCUACACCACUGGCACUAUUCGGUAUGCUCCAGCUGAAGUUACUUUAGCCAUGCAGAGCAACCUCCUCCCCAACACCCACGCUGUUAACUUCGUGGAUGUUAACAGCCCCAGCUUUGGGCUGGAUCCUAAAACACCGAUGGAAAUGCUCUACCACCACGUUCACCGACUGAAUAUGUCGGGACCCUUUGGAAGUGCUGUGAGCGGGGCCAGUCUGACCCAAAUGCCUGCAGGGAACGUGUUCACAACCGCCGAAGGACUUUUUUCCACUCUUCCAUUUCCUGUGUACAGCAACGGCAUUCACACUACACAGACUCUGGAACGGAAAGAGGAUUGAAAUAUGACCACAUACUGUGUUCAGUGUUAUACUCUGAGGCAUAGACUGUGUUUUAAUUUAGACCUUUAAUUCUAGCACUUUGAAUUUGAGCAGGUCAGCUUAUUCUCUCAAUAUGAUGGUCCCCAUUUCAUUCUCUUUCUCUUUAACUUGGCUUAUUCUUUCAUGUAAAGAUAUUUUUUUAUUUUUGCCUUCAGAGAGUCGAAGUACCGGUUGCCUGCCAUUUUGUCUUCUUCUAAGAUGUGUGUUUUUUCCUUUGCAUCUUUAUUAAGAUGCCUUUAAUAUGUGUAUGCCUCUGCCAUAGAAUACUCAGUGUUGUGGUAAAGAGAUUUUAAAGUGACAACCAUUGGUUUUACUUCAAAAUGAUCUUGAUAUGAUCAAGAUUAAAAGAGACAAGCAUAAACAGUGUGCCCUGUUUGACUAAGUCAAAUGAAAAGGGGUUUUUGUUCCUAAUUCCUUUAAAAAUAGGGGAUAGUAUUUUAGAAUUUUAUGCAGAGUUUAAUUCUCUUUUUAUGGUUAAAAUUUUCUUACUUGCACAUAAAUAAUUUGGGUUCUUAAAACGUUAAUUUCUGGCCUGUGACUAGAAUGUUAAAAAGUUGGACUAAAUGUUAAUUACUGAAACUUUAACUUAAUUUCUAAAACCAUGGUGCUAUCAUUUAUUAAUCUGUAAUGUCUUCAUACAAUAUGCAGCUUGUGGGCUGGGUUUUUUGGAAAGAAUGUGUUCCGUACUGGUUUAUAGUCGGGUGCUGCAGUCUCCUUGGUUAGUUAAGACAAAAGCCCUCAUUAACAUUUGCUGCAGGACUUAAAUUUUUUUACCUCCAAACUAACAAGCAUAGCCUCACAUCAAAAUUAAAUGGGUCAGGAAGCCUUUCUCAAAAAGUGCUUAAAAACAAAAAACUCAAUUUAAUUGACGCGAGGAGCAGUUUCUUAGGUGCAUAUUGUUUUGCUUUAUUUUUUUCUCAGUGUAACUGAGGCUAAUUCUACAAUGUCAAGUAACACUUCGGAGUAAA